AUGACGGCCGGCGCCGGCGAGCCCCGCCGCGUGGUCCUCCUCCUCGACCUCGACCCCCUCCUCCCCACCCCCAGCUCAAGCACCCCCGCCGCCGCCGCCUACCUCGCCGCUGUCCUGCCCGCCGCCACCUCCCUGCUCGCCGCCUCCCUGUCCGCGGCGUCCCUCUCCGCGGGGCGCCUCUUCUUCUCCUCCCUCUCCCCGAUCCUCUCCUCCUCCCUCCUCCUGAGGCCGCUCCCGGCCGCCCCCACCCCGCUCUCCUUCGACCUCCACCCGGCCACCCUCGCGUCCCUCGCCCCGCUCCGCCGCCUGGCGCUCCGGGCGGCAGCCCCCGCGCACCCGCGUGUCCCCGCCUCAUCGUCCGUUGCCAAGUCGCUCCUCCAGCUCGAGCACGACUACUCCUGGGACCACGAGCCCCAGGGCCGCCGCCGCCGCCGCCGCGGCUUCGAUCCGCCGCCCAAUUUGGUGGCUCUCUUCACGCCCGCCGCGGAAUUCGACGAGUUCGGGGACGGCGCCAGCUUCGUCGACAAAUUCCGCAAGGUUUUCGGUCCUGUCAGGGACCGCCUCUCGGCGACUGGCCUACAGGUGUGCUGGGUCGCCGUCCCCUCCUCCUCCGCCUCCGCCAGUGAGGGGAUCAGGAAGGCGGUCACCGAACUUGGAUGGUGGUUCACUACCGCCGAUGCCGUCGCUUUGGGGUCGGCCGUUACGCCGCCGGCGCUCGUGUGGGGAGGUGUUGGACUUGGCUACGUGGUAGGUGGACGGCGAGGGGAGGUGGUGUUGGAGAUCGCGGAUGUGGAGGGCAAGCCACUCGUCUGCAAGGGCUGUGACGUCGAGGUGGUUGGCUCCGCACGGUUGCAGCAGGCCAGCGGCAAUGCUGUGUGCAGGAUACAUGUCAAGUCGGUAUGUGAGGUGGGGAAUUGGGAGCGGUUGAUGGGUGUGGAUGGUGAUGUUGCCGUGGUUCGAGGGUUCCAACGGGAGGGGAGCAAGGGUGACGGGGAAGAAGCUGUAGAUAAGGAGUAUUUUCCUCAUCGGAUUCUUGAAUUGAUCCUUGGUGAUGAGAAGGAUCGAUUAGGGGUCGCCAAGCCAAUUUGGCAGCUAAUUUUGGUGUUCCUUAGUAGAAGGAACUAUUGCGCAGUAGUCUCAGUUUCUGAUGGAGAUGGGAACUCUGUAGAUGGUGUUCUCAUGCCCUUCUCAAUGAACUGUGCAUUACUUCAUUUUGAGAAGAAUGGUACUGGUUUAGGCCUGGUGUCUGCCAAAGCCUCCGAGACGCCUGGUAGUGGUGCAUCUGAUGAGACAAAGAUGCAGAGUGCGCGGAAGAAGAGAAGCAGGCUGGCCGGUAAGCUAGUUGAGGUGACCACCUGGAGUACCUUCUGUGACAUGCUUCUCAAACACGCUGAUGGAAGCAUGCCGGUGGUUGACUUGGAAGACCUAUAUUUCAGCAGGUAUGGCACCACAUCCAAAAAGUUGCGGUUUCUGAAAUGUUGGAUGAAACAGGUGAAACAGUCAUGUCUUAGUACUUUAACGAGCAUAUAUACAGAAGGACAGAAGUGUCUUCCCUCAAAGGAUGAUUCAGAAGCAAGAGUUCUGGUUUCAGAAGAAGAUGCUUCAGCUGGUCUUGUCAAUUUUUCGCUGGAUGAAGCAGAUUGCCAAAAGGUGGAGAUGCCAGUGGAUGAAGCAGAUUGCAGUGAAGUGGGCAUACCAGUGGAUGAAGCAGAUUGCAGUAAAGUGGACAUAUCAGUAGGUGAAGAGAGUUCAAUGUUCUCUUCUAUGGAAGAUUUAGAAGCAUUUCUGGGAAGUGUCCCUCAUAAGAUUGAGCAAGGUCUUUGUUCUGGAGAUGCUGAUCUGGGGAGUUUAGCUGAACGUUUGGUUGGCUUGUCUGUGCAUGCAAUGUUGGUUAAGCAUGGAAAGAUUGCAGUGAGGUACUUUGAACACAAUGAAGCAGAAGAUGUUUCUGGUGCAAAAAUUGCCUGUGAACUUUCCAAUAUUUUGCUGAAGAAACCUAAAGAACUGGUGUCCAAGUACAGAGAAAGUGAUUCAGUGUCUGCUGCAUCAGAACAAACCACAAAAUACGAGGAAGGUUCAAAACAGAAAAUGAUAAAAAACAUCUGCUCGCUUUUGCAAUUUAUUGAUAUCAAUCUCCAAGGGGAUUCUUUUCAGUCUGACGGUAUUCUUGAGUAUGCUGAAAAGACCAUAAAGUCCAGGUACAUCAACUCCAUGGAGGACGUGAUCAAGAAGAUCUACACAGAGAUGGAGUUCGAUUUAUUUGACGACGACGACGAAGUCGACUACUCAGAUUCUCUACCCAGCAGCAGCAACCAGGAAGACGCCAACCGGCGCCACAGCCACCGGGGCUCCACCAGCACGAGCGCCUCCGUGCUCCAGAUGCCGCAGCGGGACGCCAGGAGCAGCCGGCAACGCGAGGACGACUGGCACAACGAGCUGAUGGCGAGAGCCCAGGAGCGGCGGGACCGGCAGAGGCGGCUCUCCUCCUUCACCAGCUGGGUGCCCGACCUGCGCCGCGUCUGGGCGCUCAAGCACCUCGGGAAGGAGCCGUGCGCGCGGGUACCACGGUCCAGGUCGUGCUCCAAGCGGAGGAAGCGGCGGUGGGCGGUGUUCACGGACGUCGUCUUCGAGACGCCGGUGACCGCCGCCAAGAGGCACGAGAGCGGGUCGGAGUCGCCGCCGGAGUCCGACGCCGGCCAGGGGGCGGCGAGGGCAGCCGCGCUCGGGGCGGUGUCCAAGACCUUGUUUGAUGACGAGGAGAUUGAGACGGACGUGAGCUCGAGUAGCACCUAA